AUGAAUUCUUGGGAAAAAUUUAUUUUCCAUAGGGUUAUAGAUACAUUGAGCCUUCUAUAAAAACUUAUUGGCCUAAUAACGAUCUUUACACAAGAGUUUAUGUAUUGUUUUUUAGGAGAAGGAACCAAAGUUAAAGACUUAGAUUCUAUUUAUAAUACUUUUUAUUUUAAUAAAUAAAGAAACAAAAAAGUUAUAAAUAGAUUUCCAUAUUGA